CUUUGUGAGAAUAUUUUUGAGACAAAUCUCACCCCAUAAGUGGGAAGCCAUAGCAGAUUUCUGGCGUCUAUGGAACUUCCCUUGAUUUUAACGUUAUCAUAAAAAGCACCGACGCACUGAUGUAUCGUGUGUGAACAGUCUUUUAUUGAAAAUGUUAAAGAUCAAAUCAACCCUUUUGACACCAAAGCUGUGCUUUAUUCGUCAUAUACUUGAAGUGUGACACGUAAAUAAGUCACAGACUCACAGCAAACAUAUGUACACAAUAAAUGAUGAAGCGCACCAACCAAAAAUGCGACAUAAAGUGAUAAAAAGUUGGCAGUCAUACGCGUUGACGUGACACUAGGCUGACGCUCGGGUUUGAAAGAUCAGUAGGACCGCGUCAGGCUACGGCGCAGAGUCGUAAAUCGGGUCUUCCUUGACGGCGCAGGUCUGACGCGGAAAUAUAACUCUGCCUUAAUAAGACAAGUGACCGUGUUCACCACGCACAUCUAAGUUCGGAUCGCGCACCUUCGUUCCUGGAACUGGGGCGGAUUUGGAUACCGACAAACAAACUCUGACAGCUGCCCCCCAGGUGGUGUCAACUGGAACUACAACUGGCUAAGGAUAGCACCAACAUAUUCAUAGGAUACCAGAUGAAAUGCGACUUCAUUCAAAGAAGCGUGUAGUGCUGCUAUUGCUGUUCCUAUUGGGGGGCAUCUACAUCGUACGGCGUUCAGACUCAAACAACAAUGAUCUGAUUAAGUCAAAGGAGCCAGUGUUAAUGAAUGUAGAACAGAAGGCAGAAAGGACGGCCAAUACGGAGCCAUGGUUGCAACAGGGUCUGCCUUUCAAUGUGACCUAUCAAGUGCUUGCAGGUGUACCAUUCACUCAGUCCAGGUAUCUAUGUAUUGGACUGUCGUCAAUCAAAAGGAAGAAGGACAACUAUCUGAUAGCCACGUUAGUGUCCCUCUUUUCCCAGUCAUCUCCUCAAGAACAUUCCUCCAUGGUGGUUGUAGUACUGCUCGCAGAUUUAGAUGUCAGCUGGCGGAUGAAGAUGGUGACUAAGAUCAAAUCAGAAUUCUCCUCAAUGCUCCAGCAAGGUCACCUGUUGGUCAUUCACGUUCCUGAGGAUUGUUAUCCACCUACUAAAGGUCUAAAGAGGAACUACAAUGAUUCUCCAGAAAGAGUAUCGUACCGCUCCAAGCAGAACCUGGAUUAUGCUUUCCUAGUGCACUUCAGCACACGCCUUGGCAAAUACUACCUUCAACUGGAGGAUGACGUCUCCGCCGCAAAGAAUUUCCCCACUACUAUAAAGAAUUAUGUUGAGAUGCAAGAAGCCAAGAAGAAAAGCUGGGCAAUGUUGGAGUUCUCCAGUCUUGGCUACAUUGGAAAACUCUACAACUCUGCUCACCUCCCUCUGUUGGCGCGUUUUCUCUUUCUGUUCUAUCAAGAAAUGCCUUGCGACUGGUUGAUGUCUCACUUUCGAGUGCUUCUGACUCAGAAGGAGCCCAUCCAUUUUAAGCCUUCAUUGUUCCAGCAUAUGGGAUUUUUCUCAUCUUUCCAAGGGACUCGCAACCACCUCAAAGAUCAGGAUUUUGAGGAGAGUGUCUACUCCAAUCCUCCAGCUGAGGUCUUUUCCAACAUGUCUCCCUAUAAGGACCACGUUCCCCAACUGGCCUGGGAAGCUGGGAGAGGAUUCUUCUGGGGCCGCACCCCAAAGAAAGGCAACUACUUGACUGUAGUGUUCACAAACCCUGACUUGGUCACGGGAAUAACUGUUGAGACAGGGUUAGAUGGGAAAGACACUCUGGCCUCAGCACAGGUUGAAAUAGGACAUGGUGUCAUAUCCACUGCAAAAGAAAAAACCUGCAGGGAUUUCAUUUUAUUGGGCUCUUUAGAGAAUGGGCGGUUUGUGAAGCACGAGCUAGACAAACUAAAUGCCUCUGCCUCCUCUUGUUUGAAGAUACAAGUCACGGCUGAGCAGAAGGGGUGGGUGAUCAUUAGAAAAAUCAGGAUCUCAACAAAACCCAGCUCAUUUACACAGCACGCACUGAUGUGAUUUGGUGUUUCAUAUCAGGUAGAACAGUAGUUUUUAACUCAUGGCGGCGGCAACAGAGAAUAUCUGUGACUGGCAGAAACAGGGUAUACAGUGGGGCAAAAAAGUAUUUAGUUAGCCACCAAUUGUGCCAGUUCUCCCACUUAAAAAGAUGACAGUCCUGUAAUUUUCUUCAUAGGUGUACCUCAACGAUGAGAGACAGAAUGAGUAAAAAAAAUCCAGAAAAUCACUGUCUGAUUUUUAAAGAAUUUAUUUGCAAAUUAUGGUGGAAAAGAAGUAUUUGGUCACUUACAAACAAGCAAGAUUUCUGGCUCUUACAGAACUGUAACUUCUUUAAAGUGAUCCUCUAACUUAAAUACAUGUAGGCUCUAAUAAACCACAAUUGUUCUCUUGUACUAAAAUAUGUUGUUUGAAACACGUAAAAUGUUAAAUCAAUGGCAAUAUUUUAUAAUAUUUACAACAUAUUUUGAUCGUUAGCUGGCGCCAUGGUUUGCGGGCUCGCAGUGAUGACGUCAAUCCAAAUGUGUAGCGUGUUGAACAAUUGCUUAUUGCUGCCUAAACUCGCGAAGUAAAAUGCCACGAUGCGCUGCUUUUGGAUGCAAUUUCCAGUCAAAUGGAAACAAUGGGAGUGAAGUGAGUGGUCAAGGUGGAAUUAUUAUUUUUAGUGAAUAAAUGUGCAUAAGUGGAAGCUUCUCCCCCUUUUUGGUCCGUGUAUGCACGUAUCCUACCCACCACGCAUUACAACUGGCGCCCGAACAUUUUUCCUGGCUCCUCAGUCAAGUAAGGGAUCUGUCUAUUUUCUGGAUCCGACGGUCCCACCGCGUCUGCAAUAUUGGUUUCGGAUCAGUCCAUUUUUUCGAUUCGUCGGUCCCACAGCGGCUUUUCGGAUCAGUCUAUUUUGUGGAAUCGAUGGCAUGAUCGCAGCUGCGGCAUUGCUAUGGGAUCGGUCUAAUUCCUGGAUCUUUGAGUGAGUAAAAAAUUGGAUUACUAUUGCUAUCUUUUAUGUUGACUAUUCUUUGUGGGAGUUUUCACCACAUCAUACUAAAUAAUUAAAGCACUAUAGCACGCUACAGUGACGACAGUGACUCUGACGUUGACCUUACAACAAUGUUGGAGUUUGUCAGGGACCGAGGGAAGAGUGGUCAAGGUGGAAAUAUAAUUUUUUGUGAAUAAAUGUGCAUAAAUUGAAGCUUCUCCCCUUUUUGGUACUUUUAUACACGUAUCCUAGCUACCACACGUUACAAUGUACAAGACAUGGAUUACACAAGGUGUGCUCUUUAGCCUGUACUGUAUGUAAAGCACACGACAUCUCUGGAUGCUAUCAAUCUACAUAAUUAUAUUGGGAUAAGUUCGAAAACGCAAUAUGCUUACCUUGAAUAUCUGCUUUUAAAAACCGGAGUUCCAAAAAGCAUACACUCUCGCUCCCAACCGGAGUUCAACAGCACUCUCUCGCAUCACUAGUUUUGCCCAACUUUUGUCUUAUCAGGUAUUUGCUGCACACAUUUUUCCCUGAAGCUCGUCUUGUGAACGACUGACAGUGCUGUCCUGCUCUUCACUUUUCAGAUCUGGUUCAAAUAGGAAGGGUAGAACUGACGACAUGUUGGGAAAGCUAACGAGUGACACGCUGGAAUUUCGGCAACGGGACCGGUGACGUCACGCACUGCGACGUAACAAGAAUGGCGCCCUAUCACUUAAAAUAAUUUUACAAACUUUAGUAAAACAAAAACAUUAAGAGGGGUUUUAAUAUCAAAUUAUUAUAACUCAUACUAACGUUUAUCUUUUAAGAAUUACCUGUCUUAAAAAUAGAGGAUCCCUUUAAGAGGCUCCUCUGUCCUUCACUCGUUACCUCUAUUAGUGGCACGUGUUUGAACUCAUUCUCAGUACAAAAGACAACUGUCCACAACCUCAGUCACACCCCAAACUCCACUAUGGCCAAGACCAAAGAGCUGUCAAAGGACAUAGAAAAAACAAAAUUCUAGACCUGAAUCUUGCUGGGAAGACUUAAUCUGCAAUAGGUAAGCAAUUUGGUGUGAAGAAAUCAACUUUAGGAGCAAUUAUUGGAAAAUGCAAAACAUGCAAGACCACUGAUCAUCUGCCUUGAUCUGGGGCUCCCCGCAAGAUGUCACCCUGUGGGGUCAAAAUGAUCCCAAGAACAGUGAGCAAAAAUCACAGAAUCACACAGGGGGAGCUCGUGAAUGACCUGAGGAGAGCUGGGACUAAAGUAAUAAAGGCUACUAUAAAUACUAAGGGUGUCAACAAUAAUCGAUGCGGGGCAUGGACAAUUCGAUUCGAUGCGGGCAACAAGCCGAAUCGAUUCAGUGCAUUUUAAAAUAUAUAUGUACGUUCAAAAAUCUUCGCUGCGCAAUUCCGGUGAUGCAACGGAUUUGGUUUCCCCAUUUGUAUUAUUCUCAUGUUUCAUUUUUUACACACCGCAUAACUCUGGUCAAGUUUCCCACCAACCUCGUAGAAGCCAAAAUGUCUCCAGAUGUCUGCUUUCAAUGUCUUAGGUGCAUCAAUAAUCUUUCUCGCUCCCUCUUUCUCCGCUUCAGCCAUUAUGUUAUGUCCUAUCUCUUAGAGGUUAGAUCUUGUGCCCGAACCUGAUUAACAUUUUGGGCCCGACCCGACCAAAAUGUUAAGCAUUCACGUUCGGGUCGGGUCGCUGCGCCGGACUAAUAAAUUAUUUAAAAAAAAAAAAAAAAAAAGGGAUAAAACCGAGAGCAGGCUCUCUGUAUUGUGCAUUUGCUUGUGCACGCACAUGAACGCCGUGGCCCGCAUGUUUUUUUUUUUUUUAAUAUUAAACUUUCCCAGCGUUAUUUCGUUGUGUAAAUGCUUUUAUAAUGAUCAUAAAAAUAUGUAGACUAUUUAAACAUUAAGAAAACUUGCGUUUUUUUCUGCCAACUGAGAAUUCGUUACGAAAAACACUUUUAUUUAUGCACACAAAGGCAACACAUGUGAUCCUUUUGAAUCUUCUCCUCUGUGUGUCUGCAAAACCGCAUGUUUUUUUUUUUUUUUU